UGACGUCGACGUAUAUAUGCGUGUCAACAAGAAUAUAUUCACAAAGCAGUUGUGGAAAGAGCUCUCAGUGCGAUAGAUACAAUUGAUGUGAAAUUUGUGUAUACUUAGCGAUUUAUUUUUCGUUAAACUAUUACACUCUCCAGUUGUGACAUUCGAAACUCUUAAUCCAGAAUGGAGUUACAACCAAAAGUAACAUGUUACAACUUAGAAACCUCGCCAUGCAAUAAUUCAGAUGAAUACUUUAUGGGAAUAGCAAUUCUUCUUGAGAAACUAUCUGAAAAAGGUUGCUAUCCUGUGGGUGCGUGUAUAGUUAAUAGUAAUCAAAGGAUUGUCGGAACUGGAUAUAACACUAUACACAAAGGAUGGAAUAAUGAAGAAGACAUGAGAUCUCUUUUUUUGUACCAUGCAGAAGCGGCAGCUAUUUUAAGUAAAACUUCAACGGAUGUCAAAGGAUGUACAAUGUAUGUUACAAAGUUUCCUUGUAAUGACUGUGCAAAAAGAAUAAUAUCAUCCGACAUAAAAAAAAUAAUAUAUUGUGAUAUGAAGUGCAACUACAUGUAUACCACAAAAAAGAUACAAGCCGCAAAAGAAAUAUUUGCUGCUAAUGGCGUAACUUACACAGAAUGUACAACAAUUUAUGACAAGCUUGUUCCUGAAGCUUAUUGUAGAUUUUCACGAUUGACAAACAAAGAAUGUUUUAUGGGAAUAGCGCAUCUUUCUUCAAAACAAAGUGAAAAUGUGGAAAAAAUUGGUGCAUGCAUCGUUAAUAAUCAUAACGUUAUUGUCGGCGUUGGAUAUAACAGCCUGUCUAGAAAAAUGGAUCAAAUAUCAUUAAGCUCUCUACAAAAAACCAUUCCUGCUUCAUACUUUAAUGUAUUUUACGCAGAUUUUAUAAUUAAUUUAAUCCUAAGCACUUCAUGUGAUGUUAACAACUGUACGAUGUAUGUCACUUCUUUUCCUUGCAAUGAAAGUGCGAAAGUAAUAGUACAGUCUGGCAUAAAAACAGUAAUAUACUUGCGUAAAACUACUGAUGAUAAAACAAAAGCUGCGAAGAAAAUGUUUGACGCUGAUAAAGUAAAACAUAGACAAUUUGGCGUUAAGAUUUCAAACAUAGAAAUUUUUCGAAGGGAAAGUACCAUAGAUUUGAAUACAUCAUUGAUGCGUGGAUAUAUAGAUGCGAUAAAUGCAUCCGUGCUGUACACACUGAGUUUCAGUACUGUUGCCAAGGUUGUGGAAAUGUAA